UUAAUGAAAAUGGAACCAGAUCUCAGUAGAUUUGAUGUUGAUGAAGAUUUUGAUUGGAGGGAAGAUGGAAUUGUAAGCGAAGAUCAUUUAGAUACCUCAGAAUUUGGAGAUGACUUUCCUAGGAGACACAAUAGGCAUAAUUUAUCAUCAUUAUCUCUGAUGGUUAGUGAUACUGAUGAUGAAGAACUAAAAGUUGCUGAUGAGAUAGAAGAAACCCCAACUGAGUCACACCAACGUAUAAUCAAUGAAAUACUCAAUUCCACCACUCAUAUUGAAGAUUUGAGAAUUAAAGAACAGAAAGAGGAAGAAAAGAAGCAAAAGAAUAAAUCCUUCAAGGAGAUGAAAAAAUACCAUAAAGAAGAGCAGAAAGAGCCAGUAGAAGCAGAAAAUGAAACUCUGGAUUGCACAAUUUGACUAUCCAGUGACUCUCAAACCUUGAUGAUCUGAAGGUUCUGAGGAAAUAAUGCAUGCAAUCCAUGUUGGGAAAAGGCUUUCAGACAAAAGUCAGAAUGAUUUUUCUGCAGAAAGAGGAUUCAUAAACAAGAUUUAGUCAAAAAUCUUAUGGUCGAACAGAUCAGACAUCAACAGCAAAUUCUUGCUUUUCAAAAUAACAAUAAACUUACUAAGAAAUGUCCAAACCAUGAUAAACCAGGCAAGCUAUUCUGAGAGACCUGCUCGUGUUUCUUCUGUUUGCAGUGCAUUAAAGAGUCUGUACACUCUGAUCAUGAAGUUUGAGAUGUUGAAGAAAACCCUGAGAUCAAAGCUAAAAUAUUAGAGUCCAAUAAGUAUUGAAAGGAGCUAGAAAAAGGAAGAAACCUGCUUCAAAUAUCAAUAAAAGAGCAUUCAGAGCUUAUAGAUAUCAGUCAGAACUUUCUGGAUAUUUAUGUCCAAGAGUUCAAAGACAAAAUCUUCAAGAAAAUUGAUGAAGAUACUAUGGAUUUGAGAGAUAAAUUUUUAUUAGAAAAAUCACUCAACGCCCAAGCUCAAGUAGAGUUGGACAAAUUUGAUGACGUUGUAAAAGGGUUGGAAACACUAAGCCUCAGAACCAUUGAUGUAAAAAAGCUCAGAAUGAAUAUUAACAAGCAAGUUAAAAAAGACGAAACGCCAAAUGUCAAAGCUUUGAUAAACACUAAAGAUCUGAAAUUAUGAAAGAACUCGAUCCAGGAGAGAUACUUAUUAGGCUGCGACUCCACAAACCACACAAAGUUCACUGAAUAUAUGAAGAAGACUCUGGAAGAAGGCAUCCGCCAAUUUGUCUAA